CGAAGCAGGACCACAGAGAGCACAGAUAUCCUCGUGGGUUCGGACACGGUGGGUCAGGAUGCUGAGGACGCUGCAGGUUUGCUUCCGCCGCCAGCUGUGGAGGAACAUCAGCUCCACGGCAGCAGGUGAGCGCUCGUCGCGCGGCACCUCGCGACGCACCGACAGGACGUCCGGAGCCCAGAGUUGCACCGUGGACCCGAACCUGGAGGAGCAGUUCGUGUUCUUGGACUGUAACGGUCAGGAGGAUGAACCUUAUGAGGUGGAGAAGGUCCAUCAGCAAGGUCUCUCCUCAGCUUCAGAUCCAAAGUCUAUUCCUAGAACAGCCUGCAGAUCUUCUGCCGGGUCUGCUCCAGGACUGGUUUCUAGCCCUCAUAUUAGUCUUCAGAAACACUUCCUGAAACAGCAGCUAAGAGGUGAAGCCCUACAGGAGGCGGGGCUGGACUCCUUUAUAGAGUUCCAGGAUGUGAACUUCCCACUGGAUGAGAGCAUCAUCAAGUCCAAGAAGAAGAAGAGGGCGGGGCCUAAAGGGGAGCACCGAAUCUUUGGGACUCCAGAUGCAGAUGCUGCGGUCAGUGACACCAGCUGCUCGGGAUGCGGCGCCUUGCUGCACUGCACCGCUGCAGACGUCCCUGGGUACCUGCCCAGUGAGAAGUUCAAGGUUCUGCUGGAGGAGGGGAAACUGAGCGGAGCCACCUGCCAGCGUUGCCACCUUAUCACUCACCACCACAAGGCCCUGAACUUGCAGAUGACCCGGGAGCAGUACCGGGACGUGGUGCGACAAAUCCGGAACCGUAAGGCCCUGGUGCUGCUCAUUGCAGACCUCUUGGACCUGCCGGACUCCAUAGUGCCAGACCUGCCUGACCUGGUGGGAACCAACAAACACGUGGUGGUCCUGGGGAACAAGCUGGACUUGCUGCCUGGGGAUUCACCCAACUACUUGCAGCGCAUCAAGCGGCGUCUGGCCCAGUACUGCCAGGAUGCCGGGUUUGGAUCGCAGGUCACUGACCUCCACCUAAUCAGUGCCAAGACUGGCUAUGGGAUAGAGCCGCUGAUUUCAAGCCUGCAGCGCUCCUGGAAGUACAAAGGAGACGUGUAUCUGGUGGGCAGCGCCAACGCAGGGAAAUCCACGCUGUUCAACGCACUGCUUGAGUCGGAUUAUUGCAAGUCCAGAGCUGCUGAAGUCCUGAACAAGGCUACAAUCUCUCCGUGGCCCGGCACAACUCUGAACCUGCUAAAGUUCCCCAUCAUAAACCCGACUCCGUACCGGAUGUUCCGGCGUCAGAAGCGCCUGAAGGAGGCGCUGCAGCAGACAGAGGAGGAGCUGCCAGCCGAUGAGCUGAGGAGGCUGCAACAGCUCGGCCGGCGAGGAUACUUAGUGGGUCGGGUCGGGCAAACGUUCCGGUCUGAAAGAUCCAGAAGCAAUGAGAUCCAGUUUGAUCCAGACAGUUUGGCGUUUGGAGAUAACAAUGACGAAGACACAACAAGAGAAGGGGCUGAAAGGUCACAUGAGGGGCUGAGCCCCAACGAGCUGAAAGAUGCCCACUGGCUGUAUGACACCCCUGGAAUCAUCAAGGAGCGCGACAUCCUCCACCUGCUGCACGAGCAGGAGGUCCGGUUGGUGGUUCCGACCCAGGCCAUUGUCCCUCGGACAUUUGUGCUGAAGCCUGGAAUGAGUCUGUUUGUUGGAGCUCUGGCACGGGUUGACUUCCUGCAGGGGGGCAAGUCCUGCUGGUUUACAGUCUUGGCCUCCAGUCGUGUCCCAGUUCACGUCACCGGUUUGGAAAAAGCUGACAGCAUCUAUGAGCGACAUGCAGGCCAUGCUCUGCUAGGGGUGCCUGUAGGAGGGUCGGAGAGGAUGAAGCAGUUUCCCACUUUGGUUCCUCAGGACUUCAGUUUGGAGGGUCUUGGUUACCUGGAGGCUGCUGCUGACAUCACUCUGUCAUCAGCAGGGUGGGUUGCUGUGACGGCAGUAGCAGGUGAACAGGUUCAGCUGAGAAUUCACGGACCAGCGGCUGCAGGUUUUGGGCUGAGGACGCCUCCACUGCUUCCACACGUUGUGACUCUGAAAGGAGAGCGACUCCAUAAAUCUGCUGCUUACAAGCCGUUGAAAGUCUCAGGACUGAUAGAUGGACUAUCGGCUGCUCGGAGAUUGCAGGUUAUGAAGAAGAAGUAGCUAGCCAAGCAAUACCUGUCCAGGUUACUAAAGCUUUGACCUCUGGG